UGAUUCUGAGAGUGACCCUUUAUGGAUGAAGAAGUGGUUUUGAUGUAAAGAAUGUAUUCUUGUUGUCUUAAUGUUUUAUGGGGAGGUUUUGUUAGGCAAGUAAUCCAUUUUCUGACAAGGUAAAUUGUAGAAAAGUAGAGAAUGGAGAGAAAGUGGUGUAUGUUCUUGUAUGUGGUUUUAACAUUGAUGGAGAGUUGUUAUGCUUCUCUUUCCCCUACCGGUAUCAACUAUGAAGUUGUUGCCUUGAUUGAAAUUAAGAAGGCCUUACAUGAUCCUUACAAUGUUCUUGAGAAUUGGGAUGUCACUUCUGUUGACCCUUGCAGUUGGAGAAUGGUUACUUGUUCAAAUGAUGGAUAUGUUUCUUCUCUUGGACUACCUAGUCAAAGUUUAUCUGGAACCUUGUCACCUGGAAUUGGAAACCUCACCAAAUUGGAAUCAAUAUUGCUGCAAAACAAUGCUAUUUAUGGUCCUAUUCCUGAUGUGGUUGGUAAUUUUGAAAAGCUUGAGACACUUGAUCUCUCCAACAACAAGUUUGAUGGCGAAAUACCUGCUUCUUUCGGAGAUCUCAAUAAUUUGAAUUAUUUACGAUUAAACAACAAUAGCCUCACAGGAACCAUUCCUCAAUCUCUCUCAAACAUUGGAGGCCUCGCUCUCGUGGAUGUUUCUUUUAAUAAUCUAAGUGGUCCAUUGCCCAAAAUAUCUGCAAGAGCUUUCAAAGUUAUUGGAAAUCCUUUGAUUUGUGGCCAAAGUUCGGGGAACAAUUGUUCAGCAGUCUAUCCAGAACCGCUGUCCUUCCCGCCAGAUAGUUUAGGAGAUCAAAGAGCAGGAAGUAAAAACCAUCAUGUGGCUGUUGCUUUUGGAGCAAGUUUUGGUGCUGCUUUCUUGGUUUUAGUAGUCAUAGCACUGGUUCUUUGGUGGCGCUACCGACAUAAUCAGCAGAUCUUCUUUGAUGUCAAUGAACAAUAUGAUCCAGAGGUAUGCUUGGGUCACUUGAAAAGGUAUGUCUUUAAAGAACUGCGAACUGCAACUGAUCAUUUCAGCUCAAAAAAUAUUUUGGGUAGCGGAGGAUUUGGAGUUGUGUACAAGGGACGCUUAAAUAAUGGAACUGUCGUGGCUGUCAAAAGAUUAAAGGACUACAAUGCUGUUGGUGGUGAAAUCCAAUUUCAGACAGAAGUUGAGUUGAUUAGUUUGGCUGUCCAUCGAAAUCUUCUCCGUCUUUGGGGUUUUUGUUCAACUGAAAGUGAACUGCUUCUUGUUUACCCCUAUAUGCCAAAUGGAAGUGUAGCAGCACGAUUAAAAGAUCACAUCCAUGGCAGGCCAGUUUUGGACUGGUCAAGGCGGAAAGGAAUAGCAGUAGGUACAGCAAGAGGGCUAGUAUAUUUGCAUGAACAAUGUGACCCCAAAAUUAUCCAUCGUGAUGUCAAAGCAGCGAACAUUCUGUUGGAUGAGGAAUUUGAAGCAGUGGUUGGAGAUUUUGGGUUAGCAAAGCUCUUGGAUCACCGGGAUUCUCAUGUAACGACUGCUGUCAGGGGCACAGUUGGUCACAUUGCUCCAGAAUAUUUGUCAACGGGUCAAUCGUCUGAAAAGACUGAUGUGUUUGGGUUUGGAAUCUUGCUUCUUGAGCUAAUUACAGGUCAGAAGGCUGUGGACUUUGGACGAGGGGCGAACCAGAAAGGUGUUAUGCUUGAUUGGGUAAAGAAACUUCAUGUAGAGAAAAAGCUGAACCUUAUGGUGGACAAAGAUUUGAAGAACAACUUUGACCGGAUUGAACUUGAAGAGAUGGUUCAAGUUGCUCUUCUGUGUACCCAAUUCAUUCCAACUUAUCGGCCAAAGAUGUCGGAGGUAUUAAGGAUGUUGGAAGGAGAUGGAUUAGCUGAAAAAUGGGAGGCUUCACAAAAAGUUGAGACACCUAGGUACAGAACAUCUGAAAAUACACCAAAGAGAUAUUCUGAUUAUAUAGAAGAAUCAUCACUAGUAGUCGAAGCAAUGGAGCUUUCAGGACCUAGAUGACAACAUCUGAUUCUAUCCUUGAGUUGAAAAAUGAGAAAUAGCUGUUGGAAUGCCUGUAUUAUUAAUCUGUAAAAAAGAACACAAAGCUCAUGUAUAAUUCGAUCAACACCUAACUUCAUACAUCUCUCCCUCUCAA